CUAUGCUGAUGUGCUUCACUUGCAUGUUUCCAGUGUACAGACAAUGGGUAUCACAGCCUCAUCACAACAUAUACUGGAAUCAGAGGAGCAUCAGAAACACCAAUCUUUAUUGCUGUAGCCAUACUUGAUGGCGAACAGAUUGAUUAUUAUGACAGUGUCACAAAUAAACUGAUUCCCAAACAGGACUGGAUGAAGGAAUACGCGUCUGAAGAAAUAUGGAAAGAAGAUUGUAAGAUUAGAGGAGAUGUCCAUCAGAUCUACAGGAGCAAUAUUAAUGUUCUAAUGCAGCGAUUCAAUCAGAGCAAUGGUGUUCAUGUUUAUCAGAGGAUGUAUGGCUGUGAUUGGGAUGAAGAAACUGAAGAGUCACAUGGGUUUGAUCAGUAUGGAUAUGAUGGAGAGGAUUAUGUUAUGCUGGAUAUGAGGGAGAUCAGAUACAUCACACCGGUUCAGCAGGGAGAGAUCACUGUGCAGAAGUGGAACAGUAACAGAGAACAGCUCAAAACUCUACAACAUUACUACAAAUAUGAGUGUGUGUACUGGUUAAAACAGUUUCUGGGAUUAAGGAAAGCUGAUUUGGAGAUCAGAGAUCCUGAGGUGUUUCUGUUGCAGAAGAAUCCAUCCUCUCCAGUGGAGUGUUUUGCCACUGGUUUUUACCCAUCAGGAGUGAUCAUUACCUGGUUAAAAAAUGGACAAGAUCAUGGUGAGAAUGUUGAGCUUAGAGAACUAAAGCCAAAUGAGGACGGGACCUUCCAGAGAAGUAGUAGCCUUCAUGUCUCUCAAGAAGACUGGAAGAAGAGCCUAUACACUUGUGUGGUCGAGCACCAGAGAAUGACCAUCCAGAAGUCAGGGGAUGAGAUCAAAAGUAACAGUUCUUCAGAAGUGUUCAUAACACCUGAGCGUGUGUUGGCAAUUCUCCUUGCUGCACUGGUUAUUUGUCUUUGUAUCUGUUAUUUAGUCUAUCCAAAGAAAUUAAAGCCUUAUCAGCCAGUCAAUCAAAAUGAGGAGAUGUAUGAGUACAUCGUCAAAAAUGAAUGAGGAGUUUCCUUCGGUCUUUUGCAAUUUCACAUGGAUUGAGUCCAGCUGGGAAUCUAACAGAUGAUUUUUUAGCAGACAUGUAAUGCCAAACAAGUUUUAUUUCAAGACAUGAAACACAUUAAUGCACACACUUUAUUUAUUAUAUAUGUCAGACAAUGGGUGUGUAAACAUAGCCGAGAGACAUUAAGCAUUUUGAAAUGCAAACCAGAUAAACAUUGUUCAAAUUCAGUGCUUGAUACCAAACUUCAAUAACACGCAUAAUGAACCCAGUACAUGUCAUACUGUUUUGUGUUUGUUGAUACAUUAAUUUAAAUUUUUUUUUAAGAAAAUGUCCUGUCAAGUUGUAAGCUUUUUGAGUGCUCAUCUUAAAAAUAAACAAAUUAAUUAAGAAACA